AUGGGGAAUGCAGCAGGCUCAAUUAAGAGAAGUAAAUCAAUUGGCACAUGGAUUAGUUCAGAAUGCGAGAAUCCAUUCGAAAUUGCCUUCGUCAAAAAAGAACGGACGUGUUUGCGUGAAAGUUUUCAGAAAUUGGAAGAUCCAAAAGAAAUUAUUGGAAUUAUAUUUGUGAAAAUCCUAAACGAUAUUGCACCUGAACUGAAAAAGCCUUUUGGCGUUGAAAGAUCACCUAAAGCAACGAUGCCAAAAAUGCCAAAACUGGGUGGACACAUCGUACGGUUUACCGAUUGUCUUGACCAAUUGACAAAUAUGAUUGGUUAUACUGAAAAUCUAAUUGGUGCUUGGCAAUUGGCUCGUAAAACUGGUCGAGCGCAUUCCAAACAGUCAUUUUUGGAAAUGAAUCAAAAUGAAGAGAAGAAUUAUUUUGCUGUUGUAGGCAAUACAUUCAUCGAUGAAUUCAUUCCCUAUCUGAAUGGUGAAAAAGAAGAACCAAGUCAAGAUAAGAAAAGAGUGAGGUUUGCGUCCACUUAUUCUGUGACAAUGAUAAGCGAUGUGUGGCGAAGAUUCUUCACUAUUCUUGUAGCACAGAUAACGGAAAGUUUUGAACAGGAACGGAAAAAGCAUAACAAGAUAAUUGAUAAGAAGACAUUAGCACCACAUCAACUCAGUGAGCAGAAUGCGCAAAUGAACAGAAGAAAUUGGUUCGAUUUUGUCAUAUACAAUAUUAGAAGUGGACCUGGACUGGCAAUGCUUGAUGAUUACAGUACAUUAACACCGUGGUUGUUACAACGAAAUUCGGGCAUAUUUGAAAAAUAG